CCCAGCGCCGACUCGCUCCGGGUCGACUCGUAUCGACUCACUGAGUCGACCCGUCUCCUUCCCCGACAACCCUUUUUUUCCCCUCAAUUUAACCGCCUUCUUCUCCCUUCUGUGGCAUUCCCUCUAUGGGGCUGUCCUUUUUCGUCUUUUCACAUAUCGCCCAAUAAUCCGACGGCUCUGCUGCGGUCCACGUCAACAUCGUCUUCUUCAACCAUCGAAUUCAUUGUCUCUCUCUCUCUCAUGGUCACCGUCUUCUCCUUCUCUAUAGUUCCUCUAGUUAUUUAUACGAUUUUUAUCUCUAGGGUUUCCUUCGGAUUCAAAUUUCUUGAAUCCUUUUGAAUUCUGCGGCAGCAGAUGCUUCGGUGAUCAAAUCUCUUCCACUUCUGAGGAAACAUUGAGGGUUACCGUUUCCGUCGGUGAAGAUUCGUACUUUUGAUCGAAAAAAGGGUGUUGGUUCGUUUGGGGAGUGAGUUAUCUGGUUUAGGCUUAAGCGGGAUGGCGACUGACAAGAGUAACGUCAAGCUCUCUAGGUUUGAUCCAGAGUUCUCUCACAGCAGUGGUGAAACUAUGUCAAGUGAUGAAGGGGAGCUUCUUCAACGUAAAAUCUCGGCUGCUAAUCCCGAAUCUGAGGAGGAGGAUGAUGAAGAUGAUGUUUUUGAUGAUGAUGCUGAUUCUGGAGCAGGCUCUGAUGAUUUCGAUUUGCUUGAAUUGGCCGAAACCGGGGCCGAGUUCUGCCAGGUGAAAAACAUGACUUGUAGCAUCCCUUUCGAGCUGUAUGAUCUUCCGGGUCUGGAAGAUAUACUGUCGGUUGAAGUAUGGAAUGAGUGUCUAACCGAGGGGGAGAGGCUUAGCCUCACAAAGUAUCUGCCCGACAUGGAUCAGCUCACGUUUAUGCACACUUUGAAGGAGCUUCUUGAGGGUUGUGAUUUCCACUUUGGCAGUCCCAUCAAGAAGCUCUUUGGCAUGUUCACGGGCGGAAAGUGCGAACCAAGAAACGCGCUUUAUCUAGAGGGCCGUAACCUUUUCCUCAGGACCAAGCAUUAUCAUAUGCUUAGGAAAUACCACAAUGACUUGGUUGUGAAUCUUUGUCAGAUAAGAGAUGCUUGGUCGAAUUGUAAAGGGUACAGCGUAGAUGAGAAGCUCCGUGUUAUGAAUAUCAUGAAAAGCCAAAAGAAUCUGAUGUACGAGAAAAUGGAGAAAUUUGAGGCGGAUUCAUCGGAGAAGGAAGAGCCAUUUGAUGUGCAAUGGAGGAGAAAGGUGAAAGAUGGGAAGUCCACACGAAAGAAAUUGAACCGUCAUUCUGCUUAUGGUGUCGAAACUGACUUUGAGCGACCUUCUCAGAUGGCUUUAGGACAGGAUCGGUAUGGCAGACCGAAUGCAAAAGGGUUAUCAAAGACAGCAAGUUCUAAGAUUCACUCAUGGAAGGAGUCAAUUCGGCAGUUUACUCGAGCGUAUAAUGGUCUGGAUGUGAAAUACGGUUCAGGGUUGGCUUUUGGGUCAGAUGAUCGUAUGCCGGUGGGUGAUGAUGAUGAUGACGACGUCGACGAUGAUCCACUCUUUGGCAUGGGUUCACGGCAUGAUCGCAAUAAAGCUGCCACCAAAAAAUCUGGAUUCUCAAGACUGGGAAAGAAACACAACUUUUUAAGAGAUAGAGAAUCAGGCUCUAAACACUUCAUGCCUCCACCAUAUGCUGACAGUAUCCAGCCAAGUGCAUUUGUAGAUCAGAGGAAGCGUCUGAGACUGAAUGGACAGUCCCUUCAGCCACUAUUGAUGGGAAAUCUGGCAGACCAUCAUGGUGAUCUAUACCGGCAUGGAAACAUCCAUGGAGAUGGCUUUUCAGUUAAUCCCACCUUUAUAUCUGAUGUUCGGAACGGUAAAAGCAAGAAACGCAAGUCUGAAAGUCAGUCACCCGAUAUCAGUUUGAAAACUUGUAGAGAUUCAGUGCAACAGAUGAAUGAAAGGUUCUUAAAUUCGGAUUUCGGCGAGAACCCAGAGCUGGAGAAGAUUCGGGUGAAUGUGAUACCGAAUGGAAGACUUGGUGGGGCAGCAUAUACGUAUACUGAUAGCAGAAUGUUCACGAGGAACGGUGAUACAGAAUCGGAUUCAUCUGAGGAGUACGAUGACAAGGAAGAGAGAAAUCCCUUGACGUGGAAUAAAUCAGCUUUUUCGGCUGCUGGGAUGAAUAGUUCGCAAUCACAAGUACCCGAAGCUGGACGAUAUGGCAAAAGAGGCAAAGUUGGUAAGAAAGAUAUGCCAGAGAAGGAACGAGUUCUUAAUGGAAGGGGUAAGGUGAAGGAUGGAGAUAACGGGAAAGAGUAUGUCACGGCAAACAAGAGUAGUCAGAUCCGAGAGGAAUUAACUGACCGAAUGCAAAUACCGCCGGCAAAGCCAGAUUUGGCCGACAGGAAGAGAAAAGGCUCUGAUGAGACUGACGGAUCAUUCGAAAUAGGAGCAUUGGAGCACUGUAGCUCUGUCUCGAGGAAGAGGAAGACAAGAGGAAUUUUCACGGGGAGAGGGGGGAAGGACGACAAUGGUGACCUGCAGUUUGAUCUUCAACUACCCAUUGAUGAGUUUACUUCCUCGAAGAGGAAGGGAAAGAAGAAAACAUGGGCUGAUGCUGGUUCCCCUAUGAUGGAAACCUCGGAAACUCCUAAAGUAGCGAUAGAAACGGAGGUGGGAACCAAGCCGCAACAGAAGAAGCCAUUUGUGUUAAUAACACCGACUUCUCACACGGGUUUCUCUUUCUCGACCAUACAUCUUCUCUCGGCAGUGCGUGUGGCAAUGAUAAGCCCUCCUCCAGACGAAGAUUCAUUAGACAAUGGCAGACCUAGACCUGAUCAGAACGGAGGGCAUGAAGCUGGGGAGAACAGGAUUUCUGUUUCAAAGGAUAUGGAUAGUAAUGGGAAAGGGGAUUUCCCGCCCUUAACUGUGCAGGAGAUCGUUAGCCGUGUUAGGUCAAACCCAGGAGAUCCUUGCAUCCUGGAGACUCAAGAACCGAUUCAAGAUUUGAUUAGGGGGGUUCUGAAGAUUUUUUCGUCCAAGACUUCGCCUUUAGGGGCAAAGGGUUGGAAGCCGCUUGUAUUAUACGACAAGCCCGCGAAAAGCUGGAAUUGGAUUGGCCCUUUUCCUCAUGCUACGUCCGAUCAUGAGACUUCCGAGGAGGUAACGUCGCCUGAAGCUUGGGGUCUUCCGCACAAGAUGCUCGUCAAGUUGGUCGAUUGUUUCGCAAAUUGGCUGAAAAAUGGGCAGGAGACUCUUCAGCAAAUAGGAAGCCUUCCUGGACCGCCGUUAUCGCUCAUGCAGUGCAAUCUCGACGAGAAAGAACGGUUCAAAGACCUGAGAGCCCAGAAGAGCCUAAGCACUAUCAACCCGAGUUCCGAAGAAGCCAGAACUUAUUUCCGCAAGGAGGAAUUCCUCAGAUACUCAAUUCCCGACAGAGCCUUUGCAUACACGGCAGCCGACGGUAAAAAAUCGAUCGUUGCUCCUCUGAGAAGAGGAGGGGGGAAGCCGACCUCGAAAGCCCGGGACCAUUUCAUGCUGAAACGAGACAGACCGCCGCAUGUAACGAUCCUGUGUCUGGUCCGAGACUCGGCAGCUAGAUUGCCGGGGAGUAUCGGGACGAGAGCGGACGUUUGUACGCUGAUAAGAGACUCUCAGUACAUCGUGGAGGAUGUGACAGACGGGCAAGUGAAUCAAGUUGUGAGCGGGGCUUUGGAUCGACUGCACUACGAGCGAGAUCCGUGCGUGCAGUUCGACUCGGAUCGGAAACUGUGGGUGUAUCUGCACAGAGAGAGAGAAGAGGAAGAUUUCGAAGAUGAUGGAACUUCAUCCACCAAGAAAUGGAAGAGGCCGAAGAAGGAAGAAGAAGAAGAAGAAGAAGAAGCCGCAGAGCAACCCGACCAAGGAGCAGUGACUGAGGUUGCGGCCAUGGACGAAGACAAAGGAGCAGAGGUUCUCCGUAAUGAAACGGGACAAGAUGCAGCAGAGAAUGUCUCGUUUCAGACAUCGAAUCCCGUUGAAGAUAACAACACGUUUCUCUGCCAGGAGAAUUCCGCAGAUGAUGGCUUUGAUUGAUCGAACUAAGCCCAGUGUCCGUACGCUUCAAUCUGAUAACUUCUUCAUUCACUCUCCAGAAAACCCUUUCCGGAUUAUAAUCUUGCAUAUACGGGCCCACCUCUGGUUUGUUCUUGAAUACUAUGAUUUUUUCUCUCGAUAUAUAUUUUUUGUGUAUAUAUAUAGCAUUCCACGUGUUGUUUGAAUUGUAUGACUGUAUAUGUAUUUCUUUUUCAUUUGAUUAUAUUGCACUA